UGGGUGAGCGUGAGCCUAGCUACUGCAGAAUUGCAAACAGUUCGGAGCAAGCGAAAGCGCGCCAGAGAGAGAGCGAGAGAGUGAGGGAGAGAGUAGGAGGAGACCUAGAAGAGACAGGGUAAGAAAGCGAAGGCCUGAAGACCAACGAUUUGAGACUGAAUGACCAUGGCCGUCUCCGCACCUCCGGUGAUCUCUGCAACUUCCAGCGGCACGGGCGUCGCGGGGGGCUUAUUUCGGGCCGAACCCCUGUACUCGACCCCUGGAGAGCCUCCUCGUCUCACCCCCAAUAUGAUCAACAGUUUCAUGGCUAAUAACCACAGCGGCAGCGCGGGGGGUGGCGGGGUCGGUAGUGCCAGCGUAGGCAGCGGCAACACCAACACCAACGAGUGCAGGAUGGUCGACAUGCAUGGGGUGAAGGUAGCUUCGUUCCUGAUGGACGGCCAGGAACUGAUCUGCCUGCCGCAAGUCUUUGAUCUCUUUCUCAAGCACCUGGUGGGAGGGUUGCAUACGGUGUACACCAAGCUGAAGAGACUGGACAUAUCUCCGGUGGUGUGUACUGUCGAGCAGGUCCGGAUCCUCCGCGGGCUGGGGGCCAUCCAGCCCGGGGUCAACCGCUGCAAACUCAUCACCAGGAAAGACUUUGAAACUUUGUUCACCGAUUGCACCAAUGCCAGAAGGAAGAGGCAAAUGACAAGAAAACAAGCUGUUAACAGUUCAAGGCCUGGCAGGCCUCCUAAGCGUUCUUUGGGAGUGUUGCAAGACAAUGCUCGCCUUCUGCCCCAUUCAGUCCCAGGCCUCUUAUCACCAGGACUUAUCACUCCGACAGGUAUAACAGCUGCAGCAAUGGCUGAGGCGAUGAAGCUGCAGAAGAUGAAGCUUAUGGCUAUGAACACUCUUCAGGGAAAUGGAAGCCAAAAUGGGACCGAAUCAGAGCCUGAUGAUUUUAAUUCUAAUACAGGUGGAAGUGACUCUUCCUGGGAUAAGGAUAAGAUGCAGUCUCCUCUUGCUGCUCCUGGACCCCAACAUGGAAUUGCUCAUGCAGCCCUGGCUGGCCAGCCAGGCCUUGGAGGAGCUCAUACCCUCAAUCCACUGCAGCAGAACCACCUGCUGGCCAAUAGACUGGAUCUGCCAUUUAUGAUGAUGCCUCAUCCCCUACUUCCAGUCAGCUUACCUCCUGCAUCAGUUGCCAUGGCAAUGAAUCAGAUGAACCAUCUCAAUACUAUUGCCAACAUGGCUGCUGCAGCCCAGAUUCACAGUCCACUCUCCAGAGCUGGGGCCUCAGUUAUAAAGGAACGGAUCCCAGAGAGUCCUUCUCCUGCUCCUUCCCUGGAAGAGAGUCAUCGCCCUGGGAGCCAGACCUCCUCCCACCCCAGCAGCAGCGUGUCCAGCUCUCCCUCUCAGAUGGAUCACCAUUCGGAGAGAAUGGUUAUGAUGCCCAACAAUAGAGAGGAACUUAUUGUUGAUCAGGAUAAUGGACCAACCAUCAAAAAAUUCCAAAGGGAAAAUAAAGAAGAGGUACCCGUUCAAAUUCCAAUGAUGAAGUCACCCCUGGACAAGAUCCAACUGACUCCUGGGCAGGCAUUGCCUCCUGGAUUCCCUGGACCAUUAAUUUUUGCUGAUAGUCUGUCCUCUGUGGAGACUCUGUUGACCAACAUUCAGGGUCUACUGAAAGUGGCUUUGGAUAAUGCUCACAUCCAAGAGAAGCAGAUUCAACAAGAAAAAAAGGAACUGCGAAUGGAGCUCUAUAGAGAGAGAGAAAUUAGAGAAAACCUUGAAAGACAACUCGCAGUUGAGCUUCAAAGUAGAACUACCAUGCAAAAGCGCCUGAAGAAGGAGAAAAAAGCAAAGAGAAAACUACAAGAAGCCUUGGAAUUUGAAUCAAAGCGAAGGGAGCAAGUGGAGCAAGCACUUAAGCAAGCCACUACUAGUGACAGUGGAUUGAGGAUGUUGAAAGAUACUGGGAUUCCAGAUAUUGAAAUAGAAAACAGUGGAACUCCUCAUGAUAGUACUGCUAUGCAAGGUACAGUAAACAGUGUACUUCUUUCUGUAACUGCUUAA